ACUGCGACUCCUCCCACCCGCCCCCUAGGUACGCGUCUGGCUAUCCCCUAAACGCACGUUAAGCUCUUGGGGGGCUCUCGGCGGCUCCAUGUGCACCUCGCAGCUCGUGCUUCUGCAGCUGUUCCUCCUCAUGGUCCCCGAGGGCGUCGGGCCUCAGUCGUCUUCCUCCCAGUCAGAGGCAGUGCCCACCCCUUCGGACCUGGGGCUAGGGUCGCAGGGAGCGACCCCUCAGUCCUCCUCGGAGGGUUCUGAAUCUCCGGGGGCUGUGCCUGGGAUCUUUGCUACUGUCGUGACCCCUACCGCCCCGGGUAAUAGGACCGUGGACCUCUUCCCAGUCUUACCGAUCUGCAUCUGUGACUUGACUCCUGGUACCUGCGAUAUAAAUUGCUGCUGCGACAAAGACUGCUAUCUUCCCCAUCCGAGGACAGUUUUCUCCUUCUGUCUUCCAGGCAGCGUGAGGGCUUCAAGUUGGGUGUGUGUGGACAACUCUCUUAUCUUCAGAAGUAAUUCCCCAUUUCCUUCAAGAGUCUUCAUGGGUACAAGUGGAGUGAGGCAGUUUUGUGUCCAUGUGAACAACCCAAAAUUAAACUAUUUCCAGAAACUCCAAAAGGUCAAUGCAACCAACUUCCAGGCCCUGGCUACAGAAUUUGGAGGUGAAUCAUUCACUUCAACAUUCCAAACCCAGUCGCCGCAGCCUUUUUACAGGGCUGGGGAUCCCAUUUUUACUUACUUCCCCAAGUGGUCUGUGAUAAGCUUUCUGAUGCAGCCUGCAGGAGUUGGAGCUGGGGGACUCUGUGCUGAGAGCAAUCCUGCAGGUUUCCUAGAGAGUAAAAGUACAACCUGUGCUCGUUUCUUCAAGAACCUAGCAAAUAGCUGCACCUCGGACCCAGCCCUUAAUGCUGCCUCUUACUAUAACUUCACAGUCUUGAAGGUUCCAAGAAGUAUGACUGAUCUGCAGAAUAUAAAGCUCCAGGUUCCUGUAACACUUGUCUCACAGGCUGGUUCUCCUCUGUUGGCUGAAAACACUUGUCAGAAUGUUGUUUCCCAGGUCAUCUAUGAGGUAGAGACCAAUGGAACUUUUGGAAUCCAGAAAGUUUCUGUCAGUUUUGGACAAACCAACCUGACUGUUGAGCCAGGCACUUCCUUACAGCAACAGUUCAUCAUGCGCUUCAAGGCUUUUCAACAGAGCACAGCUGCCUCUCUCACUGGUCCUAGAAGUGGGAAUCCUGGCUAUCUUGUUGGGAAGCCACUCUUGGCUCUAACAGGUGAUACAAGUCACUCAAUGACCCUCUUGCAGAGCCAGGGUGAUGGAACUUGUUCUGCUAAGAGACACGAAAUACAAUUUGGAGUGAAUGCAAUAUCUGGAUGCAAACUCAGGCUGAAAGAGACGGACUGCAGCCACUUACAGCAGGAGAUUUAUCAGAUUCUUCAUGGAAGGCCCAGACCAGAGUAUGUCGCCGUGUUUGGUAAUGCCGCUCCAGCCCAGAAGGGAGCGUGGACCAAGCUCCUCAGCAGGAACUGCAGUGUUUCAGCUACACACUGUAUGUCCUGCUGUGUCCUACCAGUUUCCCUGGAGAUCCAGGUAUUGUGGGCAUAUAUAGGCCUCCAGUCCAACCCACAAGCUCAUGUGGCAGGAGCCCGAUUCCUGUACCAAUGCCAGUCCAUACCGGAUUUCCAACAAGUAACAGAAGUAUCUUUGACAACUGCUGUGACCUUUGUGGACGUUACCCAGAAGCCAGAGCCUCCGAGAGGCCAACCCAGAAUGGGCUGGAAAUUGCCAUUUGACUUCUUCUUUCCCUUCAAAGUGGUGCUCAGCAGAGGAGUGGAGUCUCAAAAAGGCUCAGUCUCUCCCAUCCUUAUCCUGUGUCUCUUACUUCUUAGAGUUCUCAACCUAGAGACUAAAUGAAAAAAGAAGAAUCAGAUUUCAGUGUUCCCUAUGGGAAGUUCUGAGGCAGCCUGCUUGCCUUGGCUAAAUAGGUCCUUACCCCCUCAUGACGAGAGGAGCACAUUUAGGAUAAUAGAGAACCUAACUGAGGAAUCUUUGCAUAGGAAAGGGAUUUUAGAAAAGCAGUAAAAAUAUCUUAUUCAUCAUAGGACUGUGCAGACCACGAUACCCAUUAGGUUCCCUCCUUCUUGAGCAGCGAAGAAUGUAAAGAAGCUUCCUCAAGACUUUCAGGGGUGUUUUGCCUGAAUAAAAGUUUGCAAGAUCUUCAUCCAUCUGCUCACAGGCACACUUGGGCCCAGCAUCAAAAGGAACAUAUUCCAGCUGCCCCCAGGAGAACUCAGGGACCGAUGCCCACUGGACAUGAGAGGGGCUGACAGAAAACUGCUGGCUUUACAUUUUGUCUGGCUCCUCCUUACUCCCUUGGGCUACUCUCUGUCCAGGCGUGAGGGUGGAGAACAAUUCUUUCUACUCAAUUUCCAAAUGAAUGUGGAACCCAGCCCCCUUUUCUACCAGCAAGUGGCUCUACCAUUCAUUUCUGCUCUUUCCUCACUCCUUUGUGGUAAAGAAAAAUUAAAUAGAGCUUUAUAGUACUAAUUCCAGCAGCACACAGAAGUUAACUAACAUGUGGUCUGCUUCAUGAUUAUUUGUGUGUGUGCGAGGUUUUUUUUAAAAAGUGAAAACUUUUCAUGCACAGUAUAAUAGCAUUCAAAUCUAGGGCCUUGGGUUCUUUUCCUGGGAGAUCACACUCCCUGAAGACCCCUGUUCUGUGGCGCUGACUUGAGUCAGCAUCAGCAUGAGAUCUGUUUCUUAGCCAAAGCAGUGCUUGUAGGCAUCUUGACCUCUACCAGCAUGGCCAGCUCACUGCUUCUGUCUUGCAGAGAAGACUACUUAAAAAGGUAAUUUCCUAUUAUCAUUCUUGGGUGGAGGGUUAUGAAUUAUGAUAGAAAACUUGGCAAACAGGUAACAUAAAAAGGUUUAGGCCUAGAGCAGAAUUACGCUCUCCUUGUAACUAAGAAAUUUUGAUGGAAGAUGUAUCAUAUCUAAUUGUCUUAAACUUUUAAGUCCCCUUUAUUAAAAACAGGAUAUAAUAGGAUAUUUAGUCCUAGUAAAAAUAGUAUUGAUCAUGUACUCUGUGAAACACAGAAUUGUAAGGUAUGGCCCUUCAGCAAGCUGACGUUGUAGUGGGGGAAGACUGACAUGUAAUACAGGGGACGCAUUGGUUCAGAGAAAUAAUCAGUGUAGCCUAGAUUAGUGAGGGGCAAGCUUUGAGGAGGUGUUGGGAUUGGAGCUGAAUGUGGCAGGAUGGGUAGGAUUGGGAGAGGGAAUGGGAAGGAUGAGGUAGUCCCAGGAGCCAAAGACGUCUGAGUGAAGUCUCGGGGGCUUGUGUGGACAAAGGGUUGGGAGAUUGAAGUGACUGUAGGAGAAAACACUGAAUGGGCAGGACAGGUGCUAAAAUGGGAUAAAUAAGAUGGGAGUUCAUCAUAUGGGGACUUGAAAGCCAGGCCAAUAGAAUUGGGAGAUAGUCUGUUUUUUUCCAUAACACAUUAAUGAUCUGAAUCUAAAAUUGUCUUUUAAUAAAGCAUGUACUUAGUUACAAUAAACCCUGCUUUAUGAGCAGAAAAUGAUGAUUGUAAAUGCCAUUUCUGAUAGUCUUAUCAUUUUGCCCCAUUCCAAAGUACCUCAACAAAACCUGAAAGAAAGUGGUAAAGUUCUUGUAGCAGUUACUACUAAACUAGGAGGAAGUGCUUAUGUACCAGGGAGACUGCACAAGGGGAGUUGGGAGCUCAGAAGCUGAUACACAGUUCCCGCUAGAGUCUGUUACAUAGACAUUACAGUUCAGCAACCCUGCCUCCAAGGAGACAUAUUAAAACAGACCAUAAAGCUGUUAUAGUAUUUAGGUUCUCUGUCUUGGGAUUCCUAAUGGGAAAUAAACUUACAUGACAGCUUAUCCUAAAUUAAAGAGUAGGAGAUGUCUCAUCCACUCCCAACAGCCUGAGUCCUUUCCAGAAUCUGGUCCCUCUACUCCUUUAUUCAAAUGCUUAUUUCCAUGCCCAAGAGCUAGGAAACCAUUCUAUGCCUUUACCAAAAAGUUACACCUCAUAUAUAAUUCACAUACCAUAAAAUUCAUCCUUUUAAAGUACACAGUUCAGUAAUUGAGUAUAUUCAGAGCUACACACCCAUCACCACUCAUCCCAGAACAUUUUUGUUACCCUAAAAAAUGCCAUACCAAUUAGUCACUUCCGAUUUCCCUUCUCUUAGUUCCUAGCAGUUACUAAUCUACUUUCUGUCUCUUAAUUUGCCCAUUUGGGAUAUCUCAUGUAAAUGGAAUUAUACAGUAUGUGGCCUUCUGUGUCUGGCUUCUUUCACUUAGCAUGGUAUUUUCAAGGUUCAUCCAUGUUGUAUAUAUCAGUACUUCAUUUUUAUGUGCGUGGAUUUACAUUUUUAUUUCUCUUGAAUAUAUACCUAGGAGUAGAAUUGCUAAGUGAUACAGUAACUGUAUUUCAUUUAUUGAGAAACUGCCAAACUAACUUCCCAUAGAGGCUGCACAGUUUUACAGUCCCACCAGCUGUGUAUGAGGGUUCCAAUGUCACUACCUCCUUGUGAACACUUGAUUGUCCUUUUUUAUGUUAGUCAUCCUAGUGGGUGUGAAUGAUACCUCAUUUUGAUCUACCAGGCCUUUAUAAACUGUACUGUGUGAGAUCUUACAUCAGAAAUCAGCACAUCUGUUCCUCCAAGGCAGGAAUACCUCAAGGGUUCUUUUCCUCUCUAUCCCUCUGCUAAUUUCAUUAGCCUAUAAACCUAGUUUCCAGUUACACAGCUGGUUAACAUACCUUAGGUAAGAUUUUAUGAUCAACUUAAUCUCUAGUCACUGUCUUUGUAACAAACUUUCAAAACAUUUUUAAACAUCUAUAGAGUAAUGCAGUCUUCUUUGCUCCCUUCCUUUAUUUACACAGGUAACUUAACUUAGUACAUAAAAGACCUCUAUUGUAUUAAUGUAUUCAGUUUAAGAGCAAAUUUUACUGUAAAGGGGUAUGUACAAUUUGGAUAGAACUGAGUUAAAAUCCCAGCCAGCCCACUGCAGGUGUGGACAGAGGUACUCUCAAAUAUUUUAAUGAGAAUACAAACUGGUAGAAACUUGGAGAGAAGGGCAGGUAGCUAUGUAAUAACAUGUAUUUGAAGCCUUAAAAAUGCUCAUGAACUUUGACCCAGCAGUUCUGCUCAGUAGACAUUAUCCGGUGGGGCGGGGGGAAGGAAUGUCCAACAAUAGGAGAUUAGUUAAAUAAAUAUGUCUAUAGAUUGCAAUUUUGUACAACCACUGAAAAUUGAGUAGACCUCCCUUUAUUGCCAUAGGAUAACAUUCGUGAUCUAUUUUUAAGUGAACAAAACAGACUACAAGAUAAGGCAUAUACUCUGUGAUCCUAUUUUUGUUAAAUAAAAAAUAUUUAUACAUGUGUACUGGCAAACAAAAGGUCUGGAAGUCUAACAUGUCAAAAAUGGUGAUUUUUUUUAAAGCAUUUCUGAUUUUUACAGAGAAAAUAAAACUAUAUUUUGAAGAAA